AUGAAGACCGCUGUCUUCGUGACCCUUUCUGCCGCCGCCGUGGCUUCGGCCCACCAGGCUCGCGCUCCGCUUGGCCUUGGCCUCGAUAUUGGCGACCUCGUCAGCGUCGACGUCUGCGUGGGCCUCGACCUCAAGCUGCCUCUGGGCAUCAACCUCGAGACGGAUGGCUGCCCCAACCACAAGCCCCCUGCGGGCCGCGUCCCCGUCUGGCACCCUCCUCACAAGGUCCCCAUCGACGACUGCGACCAGACCGACGAGGACGAGUGGCACUACGUUCGCCCUUGCGGCUGCGGCGAGCAUGAGCACGUCUGGACCACCAGCACCCUCACCCAGACUCACGUGAGCACGAUCUACGACUGCCCUCCCGCGGUCACCAGCUGCCCUGCCCGCCACACCACCGUCACCGUCGGAGCCACCACCACCGUCUGCCCGGUUCCUGUUUCCAGCACCCCGGUGGCCACGAGCACUCCCGCUGCCUCGAUCUCCACCUCCUGGGUCCACGUUGUGCCUCCCGUCACGCAGAGCCCUCCUCCUCCUCACACUCACAUUCACACCCACACCCACACCCACACCCAGCAGCCUCCGGUCACUCAGCCUCCUGUCACCCAGCCUCCGACUACGCAGGCGCCUCCCACUCAGGCUCCUCCCGCUCCCACCACGCCCGCCGUGAAGGUUCCCCCGGUCUCCUGGGCUCCUAGCCAGGUUCACCCUCCCGUCGGCACUGGCUCCUACUCUGUUCCCGUCCCCAUCGGCUCUGCUCCCAGUGUCCCUGGCCACAACAACACUGUUCCUCCGGUCAUGGCCGGAGCUUCCACCAACGGCCAGGUCGGCAUCCUCGCCGCCGUCGGCCUCGUCGCGGCUUUCUUCCUCUAA